UAAAAAUAGAAACGGUCUCAUUCCUCCCUAGACCAUUGUUGAGUGCUGGAGAGAAUGCGUGAGGUAUUCAGAACUCCUACACUCACCCGAUAACACAAAUAUUGUAUUUUAUGAAUGAGAAUGAGGCUUGUGUCAACAAAAUACGGGACGAUUUAAUCUACGGGAGGAAAAGACCGUUUGGACGUUAUUUAUUAACGCGUUUCCGCGCCAGUGGCCAAUUCGCGGUAGCUGUUUGGGGACGAUCCUUAGAGGAAAUCAAACGCGGAACGCCCGGCGAACUUUGUGCCUCUGUGAACUUUGCCGCACCGAUUCCAGCGAUGGAAUACAAAGUGGAAGCCCAUCGGAUUAUGAGCAUUUCCUUAGGGAAGAUCUACAACUCGCGCGUUCAGCGAGGCGGCAUUAAACUGCAUAAAAACCUCUUGGUUUCGCUGGUGCUUCGCAGCGCGCGCCAGGUCUAUCUGAGCGACUACUACAGCGGCGCGUGUCUGAACGCGGCUCAGGGCGAGCGCGAAUGGGACAUCACGGACUCGGAGAGGGAGAAGUUCCCUCCCUCCACAGCGGAGAGCCCGGAGGAGCCCCAGCAGCCCGAGAAAGAGCGGGAGUGUCGCGAAAACGGCGACGAGGUGAAGUCAGACCCGGCGGAUUGCACUUCCACUUCGCAACAAGAGCAAAAGCAAAGCCCUUCGCCGGAGCCCGUGGCAAAGGAUUCACCCGAAACCCCGCCGGAAGCCAGCAGCGAACCCGAGGGGUGUCCCUCGGGCGUUGCAGUAGCAGAGUGCGGCUCGACGCCCGAAGCGGACGCGGAAUCGCGUCAAACGCCCAAAACGCAUGUGUGUUCAAACAGGAAAAGGAGCGCGGAGGAGACCGAAAGUGGCGAUUCGCCUCAAAAAAGGACCAAAGUCGCUUCCUCGAACGCUAAAGAGGACGACGAAGCCGAGGAGAUGGACACGAGUAACGUGUCCAACCUCAUUACGAUAUUCGGUUCCAGUUUCUCAGGACUCCUCAGCAAGGACGGCGCCAAACCCGAGUCCGAAGCCGAGGACAGCGGACAGAUCUGCUGCGACCAAAUGUUGAAGAACCUGAACCCUUGGAGUACGGCGAUAGUAGCUUUCUAACCGCGUCGCGCUGUGCUCAUCCGGGUCGAGCUGAGCGCGUUGGUAGCACGUGGUCGGGCCCGACGUCGUCGCGCGGGACUUCCCAGCAAGCGCGAGCGCACAAGCUCGGUUUGGCCUGUGAGAUGUCCGGGCAUGCCUUUCCCAGCGAAGGAGGUAUCUGAAUGCCGGUGCUACUACUUGGGAUCUACCGCAGUCCUCGGAAGUGUUGAACUCUCAGACAUUAUGAAGCCAUGCGAGCGAGUGGUAUUACAACAUAUGCAAAUGUGUCACGAAGGUCAAUGUUACAUUGUCACCGAACCGAUUCAGGGUCGAUCGCACCAAACUUGACUGUACGAGGUUCAGGCCACUGUUUUAACGUCUUUGUUUUAAAAAGACCUGUACAUUUUGUAAUAUUCGAGUGUGUAUAUAUUGUGCGUCGCAUUCUGGAUCUAUGUAUUUUGGUAUCAUGACGAUUUACGUGGUGCUCACGUAUUAAAAAAAUGUGAAACGAC